AUGAUGAAAGUCAUACAAAGUAGUGAUGUAUUACGAAUUUUGAUAAUUAUUUUACUAAUUGUUGUCAGAUUAAGUUAUCAAACUCUUUAUUCAUGUAAUACAAGUGCAUCAUGUGGUUGUUCAACAAAUUCCGCAACAGUAGGUCGUAUUGUUGGUGGAGAAACUGCAAGUUCAGCUACAUGGAAUUGGGCUGUCUCCAUCUCUAUUGCUGGUAGAUAUUUUUGUGGUGGAUCAAUCAUAUCAAGUUCAUGGAUUAUCACAGCAGCACAUUGCAUAGAACGUUUCGAAGCAUCCCAAUUUAUUAUCUACGCUGGAUCAAAUAGACAAUGGUCGGGAACGCAAACUCGAAGUGUAUCAAAAGUUAUCGUACACUCAAAUUAUGACUCGAGUACUUUCGAGAAUGAUAUUGCUCUGUUGAAACUUGCCUCUCCAUUGAUAAUGACUGAUCCUUAUGUGAGUGCAAUUUGUUUACCAUCAGUUAGUCAAGUAACAUUAUCAGCUAGUGAAUGGCCACCAGUUGGAACAAAUGUUGUAGCUGUUGGAUGGGGUAGAUUGAGUGAAGGUGGUUCAUUAUCAUCAACACUUCAGCAAGUUACUGUACAAACAAUAGAUUAUCAAGAUUCAACUUGUACUCCAAUUAUGGUUGAUUGGCAUGUACAAUUUUGUGCUGGUGUGUCAGGUGGUGGCAAAGAUACUUGUCAAGGUGAUUCAGGUGGUCCAUUGAUGAUGUUUAGCUCAAACAAUCAAUGGGUAUUGGUUGGUGUGACAAGUAAUGGUAUUGGAUGUGCACGAGCUGCAUAUUCGGGUAUAUAUACCCGAGUAGCUGCUUACGAAAAUUGGAUAAACUCAAAUACAAAUGACUCCAAUUCAAGUUUAACUUCAUUCACCUCUAUUACUUCAUCUGCUUCUAUUGCCUUAUUGGCUUCUACCACGUCACCUAAUUAUAUCCAGGUGACGGUUUCAACGACAUCAUUUUUUGUGAUUUCGUCGUAUAGGAAUACAGCUGAAACAUCGAGUUUUUAUGUUUUUGUCUUUGUAUUAAUCACUUUUCUCCUUGCAUCUUUCUAUUGAACAGGAAUGUGGAAUUUUCUGCACUAUAUCUCAUUCUAAUUAAAGUUAUUUGAAUUGAAAAGUUUGUUCAACUUUAAUCUUUUAUUCUUUCCUCUAUGAUUAUUACUAUGAACGAUAAAUUUUAUCAUACUUCAACAUUAACCAUUUAAAAAGUGUAUGUAUUGGAUGACAACCUUUGUCCUUUCGUUUUUACAGAUUAAUUUAGCAGAUAGGAUGGCAAUAGCGUGUGAUGCAGUACCCUUUAAAUGUGGUAGGUAAUGAAAGAUCUACGUAUAGCAGACACGAGGCUAUCUGCAUUUUUUACGAUUGGUCCAUCUACCGGUAUUACCUGGACAACCAGCGACCAGUCGGUCUGAUGCUUGGACCGAUCGGUAACUGAAACAGAUUACGUCUUUGAAUGUGUUGAAGCAGAGAUGGACGAGUCUGAGUCGUGAUUCGGACUCGAAAAUUGUGAGACGUUGACUCGACUGUUUGACUCGAGUCAUUCGUUCAAAAAAGCAAAAGUUGAUUAUUCAACAUCAAAAUGAAUUUCAGAAGAAAUCGAUGGUUUUCUGGAAGAAGAAAAUUUAACCAGCGAUCUUAGUUUCGAAAAAAAGCAAAUUCAUAUCGAUCUCUUAAUAGCCUUACUAGAAAAAUCAUGUGUAUUUCUACUACAUCAGCACUAGUUUAACGUGCUUUUUCUGAUAGCGAUCUUCUAAUGAAAUCGGAUUGUUCGAAAUUUUUACAAGCAAAUAUUUGCAUUUAACAUCUUUAACGUGCAAUAAGACAUUAAUUUAAAUAUUAAUAAAUAAUUGUUGCUUAACAACCUUAAUGCUUCUUCUUCCUUCUCAAAAAAACAAAAUCAGUUUUCGUCAAAAAUACCGAAAUUAAGAUAAAUGCAUGGAAAGAUAGCCUGAAGUUUGCUUUUUCAGAAACAAUAUGAUUUGUUAUUUAAUCCUUCACUUUUAGUCAAAACUUUUGACCAUUUUCGUUGAAAAAAUAUGCAUUUUUUAGAUAAAAGACAAAAUGUUUUUCGUUUUUUCUCAGUUUACACAUUGUCGAUCGCGCAUCCCAAAUUUCUUCGUCCAGACUCGUUUGAUAUAUUAAACUUUUGCUUGAUUCAAAGAACAUAUCAAGAUGCAGUACAUGACCAAACCCUUCUUCUAAAUUAAGCUUUGUUUUUAUUAUAUAUAUACAGACACUUAUAUGAUUAGACACUCAUUUCUUGAGAGUUUUUUUAGUUAUUUAACUUGUGACUGCUUUUCGUCGUUAAAAAAAUAAGUAUUUAAACAAAAGGGCUCGCUCACCUACCGCAUCCUGCCAUGCUGUUUUAAACAAAAGAAAUGAAAUAUAUAGAAUGAGCACAGACAGAGAAAUUUGGGAUGCCAAAUCAGCUAUCUUUGAAUUUGUUUGACGAAUAUCUCAGUCAAACAUCAUGAUAUCGCACUGAAAAUCUUAUCGUAGCCUCUCCACUAUAGCCCCAGUAUAUCCUUAAAAUUUCAUGCAAUUUGAGCGCACUCGACUGAGAUCGUUUUUUUCGAGGAGAGCUCUUAAGUUUAGAUUUUUGCUUACAAAAGUGACGUAUUUAUUCUCUAUUAUGUAACUCUAUAAAAGAAAAGAGUUGAUUUUACUGUUCUUAUUUUUUUGAUAAAUCUAUAGUAGUUGUGUCACUUUAUUUUUGUACGACUAUUCUUCUUUUAUACAUAAAAAAAACUAGAAAAAUAUCGCACUAUGAAAAACUUAUUGUUAUCGUUCUUUAUAAAAAUAAACAGAAAACAGAAAAAUGAUAAAAAUAUCUUAACUCAACUCCACACUGCUACAAAAUGACUCGGACUCGACUCAAUUCGAAAAAUAGCUUGACUCGCCCAUCUCUGAUCAGGAGGCAGUCCAUAUAAUUCUAAUACUCAGAUAGACUCAAAAUCAAUAAAACAAAACACGUUAAAU